UGUCAUUCCCCCAGUUCAAAUAUAGAAAACUAUUUAUAGUACACAGGCGUCAACUUUUCUUCCCAAACUCUUACUUGACAACAUAAUAAGAGGUCUUGCUGAGAAUUUACCUCAAGGUUUGAAAUCUGAAUUUAGCAAUAAGGCUCUGUGUGGGGUGUGAUUGUACUUUAAUGAAGUGAAUAGACUCUGAUUGAUAUCACAGGCAUACAUAUUUACAUUGGCUGUUUCUUAUGCAUGUUUAUUUAGUGUUGCUACUAGGCCACUGGUGCUGUGACUGUAAAUAUACUUUCAAUAGGCUGGUACAGGCCUCCAGAUCCAAUCAAGUAUGUGCUGAUGCGACCUCAUACUAUUGAGAUAAGCAAUCCCAGUUACUAAAUAUGAUCUUGCCUUAGCAGUUUGAGUGAAAUCUUAAGGAUAUCUGGCUUGCUGUAGUGUGAAUAUGCUGUUGACCAAAGGAUAAAGCACAAUAGCUAUUUGUAUUAUCAUUUGUAGUUUAUAUAAUGGUGAUUUGUGGUAUACCCCUCACUUCACUCUACUGUUACAGUCAUGAUCUUUAUCUUAAUCAUUUCUGCCUACUCUAUAGCAAUGGGGGACUUUCAGCAAUUUGAACAGGACUUCUACCAGUCAGGGUAUUACAUCGAUGACCAGGGACAGGUGGCCUACGACUACGGCGAUGGCUAUGACCAUAACCCAGAGUAUGAGGAUGAGUAAGUAUAUGGGGUAAACUCUGCAUUCCUGAGUGGUGGUGUAAAACUAUUCAUUCAACUUUUGGACUGGGAAGAUUUGAAUGUGUCAAUAAGAAGGUAAAUUACAUUAUGUCAUCAUAGAAAGGGAGGGUUACAAAGGGGGCACAUCCCGCUCAUCUUCCCCUACGUUUUUGGAAAGAAAGUAGAUACAUUUAGCCAGUAAGAUUUGUGUUUUGUUAUUAGUGGCAUAGAUGUGUCCAUGCCUGGUGUGUUUGCCCCCUCUACGGGCCAGCCUUAUACAGGACAGGCCUUCCAGCCACCAAUGCCUGCUGGGACAUAUCAAUACACAGCUGGAACAGACGGAUCAUAUAAAGAAGAGUCUCCAUUGCUGGAGGGUAAGACCUGAGUCACUAGUACUGCUCUAAACUGGGGGUUUAUUCAACACAUUGUUUUAUCUGGGGAUGAAUCUUUAACAGAACUCAAAUUAAAGAAAUAACAUAUUUCAAUGUGAAAGUGUAUAUGGGUCUUCUCAUAUUCACAUCUGUUUUUAUUAAUCUGUUGUUUAUUUGUGCAGAGCUUGGCAUUAAUUUUGAGCACAUAUGGCAGAAGACGUUGACAGUGCUGAACCCUAUGAUGCCAGCUGAUGGCAGCAUCAUGAAUGAGACCGACCUGACGGGCCCUAUUCUGUUCUGUAUUGCUCUGGGUGCCACUUUACUUAUGGUGAGGAACCUCCGGAUCAGCUCAUGUCCGUGUGUGUGUGUGCUUCAUAUUUUCACAGCCAAGUCAUCAUAAGACACUAUUCAAAUAAAAAGCAUUUGUAGCUAUGUAAAUGUGCAUGUACUGUACUGAAAGCAUGUACUGUAACUAAAUGCAUUUACCAUUUUAUGUAGGCAGGCAAAUCCCACUUUGGCUAUGUCUAUGGGAUCAGUGCCAUCGGCUGCAUGGCGAUGUACACCCUGUUGACCCUGCUGAGUUCCCUGACUGUGUCCUAUGGCUGUGUAGCCAGUGUUCUGGGAUACUGCCUCCUCCCCAUGGUUGCACUAUCUGCUUUUGCAGUCAUCUUUUCCCUACAGUGAGUAGGCCUAUCCAGUCCAGAAACAAUAAAAAGGUUACCUAAAUAAUAUUGCGUAAAACAACUGAUAUUGUCUCAUCUUGAUUUAUUUUCUGUCAUGUCCUUUGUUGUAAAUUUUUUCAAAUCUGACUUUUGAUUUCUAUACAGAGGGAUCGUUGGAACUAUCCUGGCCUUGCUGGUGAUUGGCUGGUGCAGUUUCUCAGCUUCCAAGAUCUUCAUUUCCACCCUGGCUAUGGAGGGCCAGCAGCUGUUGGUAGCGUACCCCUGUGCUCUGCUUUAUGGAGUCUUUGCCUUGCUAACAGUGUUCUAAAGCCCACUACUGUCACUGACUGUCAACAGAGAUCCCAUUUCUGAGGCACUACGUUAGGCACUACGUGUCCCGUAUGGGUGUCAGUGUGGUAUAUGGGUUAUAGUUAUACAACGUUUUAUUUGUUGUAUUCCUUUCUUUUUAUGAAAUGGGGACUUGUUUUCUUCAUUGGGGUUACUUUACAUUGUGAAAAAUGUAAUCUGGGUGUGUGAUUGGUUGACAUUUGUCCAUUGGAAUGUGCCAAUAAAUUUGAAAUGUUACAUUGUGUCAAAAGGCAACA